AUGCAUCGCAGUAGCGGUUCGAGUCGACGCCGUAGGAGCUCCUACAGCUACGCGCACCGGGAGCGUCGGCGGCACGGCAGCAGUUCGCGCCGUGAUUAUCGUCGUCGCCACCGUCAUCAAGGUCGUGGAAGCUCCGGUCGGCGUUAUGACACGCGUUCCGCAUCGCUAGAAAACGGUGACUUCGGUCGUUAUCGUUAUUCGCGUAGGGACAGUCGUCGUGACUCUCGCCGCUACCAUCGCUCUCCGGCGCCAGGUGAUAGCCCUUCUCAUGGUUGUUAUCAUCAUGGAGAUCGUGGACGUGCCCGCUCAUCCUCUGGACGUCAUCGUCGUAGAGGAUCGUACAAGAACAGCGGUUACCGCCGUCGCAGGUCGGUUGCCCGCAGUCGACCUACUCACAAACGUGAACAUUCACCACAUGAUCGAAUUAUUCACUUCAAGUGGGAGCCAGGUAUGUAUCUAGGCGAUUACAAGGUGUUGAGCAAGAUUGGUGAUGGCACAUUUGGACGUGUGCUGCGUUGUGAGAAGAACGGCCAAAAGUUCGCGGUAAAGGUCGUGCGGGAUGUGGAUAAGUACGUGAAUUCAGCAAAGAUUGAGGUGGACAUUUUAAUGGACAUCUUCAAGGUCGAUGCUAAUGGGGAAAGUCACUGUGUAGUUCUCCAUGACCACUUCAUGUACAAGGGACGUAUUAUGUGCCUAGUAUUUGAGCAGUUGGGUGAUUCACUGUAUGAUUUCCUGAAACAAAACGACUACAAGGGCUUCUUUAUGGCGGAUAUUCAGAAAAUAGCGUACCAGCUGCUGAAAGGUCUCGCUUUUCUGAAAAAAAAUCGCCUCAUACAUACUGACUUGAAACCAGAAAAUGUAUUGCUUACGUGCGGUCGCGAUGAAUUCAUCGAGGUCCCGUUUCCUCGUACGACGACGGGAAUGAUGACCAAACGACCCGCCACAGCGGAUAUUAAAAUCAUAGACUUUGGAAGCGCUAUCUAUGACGAUGACUAUCAUAGCAGCAUUAUUAAUACGCGGCAGUAUCGCUCACCUGAAGUUAUAUUGGAUAUCGGGUGGUCUUACGAGAGCGACAUGUGGUCUCUUGGUUGCAUAUUGGUAGAGAUUUACACCGGAGACCUGUUGUUCAACACCCACAGCCAUCUUGAGCACUUGGCUAUGAUGGAACAGACAGUAGGGCCGUUUCCGGCCUACAUGUUGGAAAUGGCACGCAAAACAAAUGGACGUCGCUAUCUCCAUCCCACCCGGGAAAGUAUUAAUUGGCCCGAAGGAGCACAUUCGCAUUCGUCUGAGGAUCGCGUUGCGUGUUGCCAGAGUGUGAUGGAGCUCGUAAAGCCGGAACAUCGGCCUUUUGCGGAAUUCAUUAAAUAUAUACUGAAUCCGGACCCAUCGCAACGGCCUACUCCAGAGGAUGCCAUGGAACACGAGUUCUUCGUUUUGACACUCCCUGAGAAUUAG